AUGGAGACCACACCGCUGCUGACGCGUCCAAAAAAGAAAUCGUUAUGGUCAAGAUUACAAUUUUGGAGAUUCCGCAAGAAGUUGAGUUCGAGAAUAAUAUAUUUAGGACAACUACCUGAUGAAGAAUUUCCACCUAACUAUGUUUGUAAUCAGAAAUACAACAUCAUCACAUUCCUACCCCUUGUGCUGUAUGAGCAGUUUCGUUUCUUCCUUAACUUGUAUUUCCUAGUGAUGGCUUUGAGUCAAUUUAUCGCAAGCAUUCGCAUCGGUUAUUUGUACACAUACUGGGGACCAUUAUGCUUUGUACUGGCUGUGACUUUGAUUAGAGAAGCUGUAGAUGAUUUUAGAAGACAUAGAAGAGACAAGGAAGUCAACCGACAACGCUAUGAACGGAUAGUCCUAGAUACUCCCGAAGAUGGGUACCGCCCUUUCAUUACAGAACAGGUGCCGGCGUCGAAGCUGCGCGUUGGUGAUAUAGUUAUGCUACAUAAAGGGCAGAGGGUCCCCGCAGACAUGAUUCUAUUGAGGACUAACGAAACUAUGGGCACUGUGUUUAUAAGGACUGACCAAUUGGAUGGGGAGAUCGAUUGGAAGUUAAGAAUUCCUUUACCAUCGAUACAAAAACUGCCGACAGACGCCCAUCUAUUGGACAUCAAUGCACAGAUAUUUAUAGAGAGUCCCGUGAAAGAUAUACAUUCGUUUAUCGGCACUUGUACUAGAUCAGACGAAGAGGAAAGUGACUCUUUGGAGAUAGAAAAUACGUUGUGGAGCGGGUGCGUGGUCGCUUCGGGACAGGCCACCGGCCUUGUUAUUUAUACUGGUAGUGAAACCCGUAGCGUGAUGAACAAUGCGACGCCCCGCUCUAAGGUAGGGCGCCUGGAUUUGCAAGUGAACGACCUGACCAAGUUGCUUUUCGUAGCCACCAUGUUCACAUCCAUAUUGCUGAUCAUAUUGAAGGGGUUCACGGGGCCCUGGUUCGGGUUCCUCUUUAGAUUCGUACUCCUUUUCUCAUACAUCAUUCCUAUUAGUUUGCGAGUAAAUCUUGAAAUGGGUAAAAGCUUCUACUCAUGGACAAUACAAAGAGAUAAGAAGAUCGAAGGUACAGUGAUGCGGUCCACGACAAUCCCUGAAGAGUUAGGCAGGAUCCAGUACUUGCUUGCUGAUAAAACCGGCACCCUAACCAAAAACGAGAUGGUGUUCCAGAAACUGCAUCUGGGAAAUGCCCUUUUUGACAAGGAUAACUUCUAUGAGGUUGAAGCUCUUUUAACUCAGUAUGUGACGAAUGACGCCCCAUCUUUGCCGACAUCGCCCACGACGUCUACCAGUGAACUCUUAAGUGCGAGUCCUCGUCAAGUGUGGCAAACCGUGCUUGCCAUAGCGUUGUGCCACAAUGUCACUCCUGUCUAUGACGUCACAGAGACGGAUGAAGCCCAGUCAGAUAUGAGUGGAUCGAUAAGCUACGGAGGAGCAGUACCACAACAGCAGCUGUGCGACUACCAGGCCUCCAGCCCUGAUGAAGUGGCGCUCGUCAAAUGGACUGAUAUGAUGGGUAUAUCGCUAUACCGCCGCGACCUACACAACAUAUCACUCAAACUGAGAGCAGCUAACGAGAUCAAGCAGUAUUCAAUCAAACAGAUAUUCCCCUUCACCAGUGAGAGCAAGAUGAUGGGUAUUAUUAUACAGGAGGAAAAUACGCGUGAGAUCACGUACUACGUGAAAGGGGCGGACGUGGCGCUAUCUCCACUUCUGGACUCGCAGUGGCACAGCGUCGAGUGCAAAAAGUUAGCCGCCGACGGGUUGCGGACGCUCGUCAUGGCAAAAAAAACUUUGACCGAACAGGAGUAUGAAGCUUUUGAGACCGAAUACAAAGAAGCUCGUUUAUCUAUGACGAAUCGCGGCGAACGCACCGCCGCUGCUUUGUCCAAACUACAACAUGGACUGACAUUACUGGCGGUGACUGGAGUCGAAGAUAGACUCGCCGAAGACGUUCCUAGAACUCUUGGCAUGCUUAGAACUGCUGGUAUAAAGAUCUGGAUGCUGACGGGCGACAAGCUGGAGACGGCGCUGUGCAUCGCGCGCUCGCUGCAGCUGGGCGGCGGCGCGGGCUGGCACUGCGCCGCGGCCGAGCGGCCCUGCACCUCGCGCCACCACGCCUACCUGCUGCUGCAGCAGCUCACCGUCGCCGGGGACGACAUGGACCUCAUCAUCGAGGGGGAAACCUUGGAGACAUGCCUACGGUUUUACGAAGAAGACUUCGUGGAAGUGCUGUGCAGGUGUAGCGGCGUAGUGGUGGCGCGCUGCACGCCCACACAGAAGGCGAGAGUGGCGCGACUGCUGCGGGCGCGCAACUACGUCGUGGCCGCCGUGGGGGACGGCGGGAACGACGUCGCCAUGAUACAGGAAGCGGAUAUCGGUGUGGGUAUCGAGGGUGCGGAGGGCCGUGCGGCGUCGCUGGCGGGUGACGUGAGCGUGCGCCAGUUCGCGGGGCUGGCGCGCCUGCUGCUGGUGCACGGCCGCCGCUCCGCCAUGCGCUCCGCCGCGCUCUGCCUGUUCAUCGUGCACAGGGGACUCAUCGUGUCCACUAUGCAGGUACCUCCCCCCCCCCCCCCCACUACACACACAGCUAGUGUGACGUGA